AUGGCUCUCAUCACUCUUCCAGCUCUGGUCGCUUCGUUGCUGCUGCUCCCAAGCACCGUCGUCAAUGCCCAGGGCAACCUAGCAACAUUCCCAGCCACACCGCUCGCCUCGAAGCAUUUCGCCUAUCCCACAGGCCUGCCCUACCAAGCCGACUCCGAACAACUCAUACGCGGGACGCAGACGGGGUACAACAUCUGCAAUUCCACGACCGAGAACCAGAAUUCGCUGUGCCAGACCUCCUUCCUCAACGCCCUCGACGACUUCUGCUUAUGGGCGCCCAUAAACCCCAACUCGACGAUCCCCGACACCGAGGGCGAGGAGGUCGCGUGGUGCACGAAGCCCGGGCGCGGCACGCGCCUCAUCCCCGCGGGCGCGCUCAAAGGCGUCCAGUUCAUGCGCACGCCCGACUACGUCCAGGUCGUCGGCUUCAUCGACCAGCGCCUCAUUAACAUCCAAACCGGCGAUUUCGGCGGAGAGCUCGACCCUCACGGUGCUGAUCUGGCGAGUAUACUGCUGCCUCGUGGCAAUCCGCUCGGUGGUCUGGUCUACUCCACCGCCUGGUCUGGGAACAACAACUCGUUCACGCAGGUUAUCGAAUGGCACAAUUUCAUGGGCGGGGACGCCUUCUGCUUCAAAGCCUGCGACCCCUCGCGCCCCAACGCCGCCAGCUUCUGCCAGCACAUCUACGACCGCAUCGGCUGCGCCUACAACGCGCCCAACAACGCGCAGAACGGCACCUUCGAGGCGUGCGCGGGCGAGAACCAGGACUUCCCUGGGGUAUACACUCUUAAUGGUGCGGUGCUGACGUAUACGCAGCCCCCUGAGGCCCUGGGUGUUAUUACGACGCUGCCGUACGAGCCGAGAGUCCCGGCGUCGAGUGAUUGCGUGCCGUUCGAGAGCACGGAGCUGUUCGCUGCGCUCGCCACGGUCACACCGUCGGGGAGUGCUGCGCCUGCAUCCCAGACGCUGUCUGCGUCAGGGAGCAGUGCCGCUGGGACACGCGGCGGGUCAUCGGGGACGGGCACAGGUAGCGCGCCAAAUGCGAACCAAACGGCGGACAACGGUGGUAACAUCGUGACGUCGGGCUUGGUAUCACUUAUAGGUGUCAUGUUCUCUGCGCUUUUCCUAUCAUGA